AUGCAAAAUAAGGAUCGGCACCUCAAACCACGCUAUUCUUCUGAAAUAUUAACCAAUAACGCUGGACUGAUGACGGAUGCUUGCUUGCUUCUUAAACAAAUGAUGAAAGUGGCGAUGUUGCCGACGUCGGCCAAGCUGUUGCUGCUGUCGAUUGAGCAGUUGCGACUGUUGACUACCCAUAAAGGACCGGACCCCGGAGCCGCAUGCGUGUAG